UCGGGAUAGGCUGGUUAUAACGAAGCGCGCGCAGCAGAUCCUGAUAUGACUGAUGACACAUUGUGUCACUUUAUGGGUGAUUAGAUUAGAUUAUGAACAAUAUACGGCUUAAAUAGUUUAGAUGAAAAUCUGGUAACUUUUCGCGCCUGGUCUUAUUUUUUUUGUUGCCGUUUAGGUACAACUGACAACAGUGUGAUUUAUUGAUUUAUUGACUGAUGAAUUGAUUGAUUCAAUGAAAGACUGAUAGUAGAAGGCAAUGGAUUCACCUGUUUGUUUCUAAUCGUUUUAUAAUGGACAAAGCAGGUGGACAAUGUAAGGCUUAAUGAUCAAGCAUCUUUCCAAAGCGCGCGGCUCUGCGCAUCCAUAACCCGGAGUAUGCGCGCGCCCACAGCGAGUAUUACCACCCCGUAACGAGAGCCAGCCAGCCAGCGACCCGCGCGCCUAAUGAGGAGGAGGGGGAUGAUGUUUUCCCAGCUGGCGGAUUUCAACUACAGCUUCAACACCAGCGAUGAGGACGCGCUCGCGCUCCUGGAGGAGGACUGGGGCGCGUCCCCGCCGGAGAAGCUCUCUCCCGCGGGCUUCAUCGCCCUGUCCGUCUUCCUGGGGCUCAUCAUGACGUUCGGCUUUCUCAACAACCUGGUGGUGCUCGUGCUCUUCUGCAAGUUCAAGACGCUGCGCACUCCCGUCAACAUGCUGCUGCUGAACAUCAGCGUCAGUGACAUGCUGGUCUGCACGUGCGGGACGACGCUCAGCUUCGCGUCCAGCAUCCACGGCCGGUGGCUGCUGGGGAGGCAGGGCUGCAUGUGGUACGGAUUCAUCAACUCCUGCUUCGGUAUCGUAUCUCUAAUAUCCUUGGUAAUUCUGUCGUACGACCGCUACAGCACGCUGACGGUGUACAACAAGAAGGGUCCAGACUACCGUAAGCCCCUGCUGGCAGUGGGGGGCUCGUGGCUGUACUCUGUGGUCUGGACCGUGCCUCCUCUGCUGGGCUGGAGUAGCUAUGGUCUAGAAGGGGCAGGAACCAGCUGUUCUGUAUCAUGGACCGAGCACUCACCUCAGUCUCAUGCCUACAUCAUCUGUCUGUUCAUCUUCUGCCUGGCUCUGCCUGUGCUGGUCAUGGUCUACAGCUAUGGGAGGCUACUGUACGCAGUCAAACAGGUAGGAAAGAUUCGCAAGUCUGCAGCUCGGAGGAGGGAGUAUCACGUGUUGUUUAUGGUGAUCACUACAGUGGUGUGUUACCUGCUGUGCUGGACGCCGUACAGCGUGGUGGCCAUAAUGGCCACGUUUGGUCGGCCAGGAAUCAUCACACCUGUGGCGAGUGUGGUGCCCUCUCUCCUAGCCAAGAGCAGCACAGUCAUCAACCCAGUUAUUUACAUUCUUAUGAACAAACAGUUCUACAGGUGUUUCCUGAUCCUGUUCCACUGCAGAGGGAGGUCUAUGGAGAAUGGUCACUCGUCCAUGCAGUCUAAGACGACGGUCAUCCAUCUGAACCGUGUGGUGCACAACAACACUGUGGCCUGCCAGGCGCAGAUCUCCACCGGCCUGCAGGAACAAGGCUUAAGCACCACAGCCAUGGAGAGGAGCAACCCUCCAGAAAUCUCGUCAUAACAAGGAGGUCCUCCUUUUCUCCUCGGUACGAGUCAACAGCACAGCUGGAUGUACAGUCAUCAUCCUGUUCCAUGCAAACUCUGGAGCCCUGCCCAUGCUCCACACAGUGCUGUACUCUCCCCAUCACAAGCUCCACCUGUUCCUCAGUGUCGGUGUUCCAUCUCCAGAUCAGUCCAAUCAUCUGUCUGUGGCCAGGAUUCAGUGAGGAAUUCCAGUGGAUAGGAUUUUAAAUCCAGUAUGAAUCUGCAACAUGUGAAGGAUUUACAAGGCAGAGAAGGGUGAAUGAUCUUCUGACCUUCUGCUGAGCUCCUUCUUCAAGAAGGUCUAAAAAUAGUUUUGUUCAAAAUGGUUUCAUGUAGCGAUGCACUGAAACCAAACUCUUUGGGCAAAAAUUACUUGCCCAAAGGUGUCAAAAAAAAAAUAAAAUAAAAUAAAAUAAAUCAAUAAGUGAUUUUUGUUUAGUUGAAUAAGUGAAAAGACUGAAACAAAACAUUUUCUUGAAAAAAUAUAUAAUACUUAAAAAAAUAAUAAUUUAUUGUUAACACUAAUUCUGUUCACGGUAGUCAAACAGCUCUGACAGUAAUGUAAUAAACUAGGGAUGCACCGGAAAUGUGUCACUUUUUUUAAAAUAUUGAAUAAAUUACAUAGCCUAAAUGUAUUCUUUGCCUUGCUUUUCAAACAAAAAGCUGUUACAAAGCUAUAACACUUAUUUUAAUAUUUAGUCUUAAUUUUCUUCAGCAGUGAUAUGCUGGUUAGUUUGCUAUUGGAAUUUUAGUCAAACAUUUACCUCAGCAAUGCCAUUCAACUCAGAUGUAGCUAUGUAGCAUUUGCAAGUACAUGCAAAGGCUCAGCUGUUACAAUUCUACCCCUGUAUAACUCAUGUAUUUUGUUGAGGAUCACUUUAUUUUUUACCCACUGCUUACAUAAAUUAAACAAAAUAUAUAUUUUUUAUUUUCUUACGGCUGACUGUAUAUAAUAGCAGCUUCAGUUCUCACAUAGAGCAAAUAAAUUAUUUGGUUAUGUCUUCUAAAUCAGCCGAACACUGAAAGCAUUUUUUUUUGUCAAAUAUUUGGUGCAUCAUAUUAUGGCGCAAAACUAUGGACAGUGUUAUUGUUAAUAAAAAAAAAAGACUUAGUCUUUUAAUAUAAUGCUGAUGCUGGUACAUCUGUGAUGUUUCAAUCCAGGUUCUCUGUGGUCAUUUGGGGGAAAUACAGUUGUAUUUCCAUCAUAUUCAACAAUUACAGCUCUAAUACCGCUCAGAUCUGCUCUUCACAGUCUGCCCUCACUCUUGUUCUUCUCCUCCUUUUCUGUUUUCUGUGUGAAAGGUUGACUGAAUGUAGUUCUGAUAAAUGUCAGAAAACCAGGACUAAUGAAAGUGACUUUUGUUCCAAAGAUAACGUUUUAUUAAGAAUGUUCUGUUGUUAAAAUGGACAAUGAAUGAAACCUGCCGAACUUUCUUCUACCUUUGAAAGAUGUGAAUGUACCCUGUGGAUGGUGCGGUCAGCUACUGAUUUAUAAGGACUGAAGUUUAUUGUUAUGUGGUCUUCUUUAUGUGGUUUCUGUUCACCCGGCUGUUCUGACCAGGCAUCCUCACAUGAACCUUUAAAGCCUAAAGUUCUAAAGGAACUAAGUAUUUGUGAGUGCUUGUGUGUGUGUGCUAAGUGUGUGCGGUUAUCUAGCUCUAUCUGUGCUCAGAGUAACAGACUGUGUUGUGCAUAAGUGCUCUAUAUUUGUGUCUAUAUUUGAGAGGUAUUGUGCAUACGCUGAUUACACUGCAUAAGGUUGAAACUUGGGAUCAAUGGCAGUGAAGGUUUACGGUUCCAUAUGCUAAAACAAUUAAAUAAACACAAUAUGCUUCUGGACUCUUC